AAGUUUAUGUUUAGUGAAAUUUUGUUUAUGCUGAGAAAUGGGAUACCGAAAUAACCCAGGAGCAAGCUGCAAAUUGGAGCCUUGUACUGUACACCCUGGCUUAAUAUAACACUUCUGGUAAAGAUCAUGAGGUAAAAACAACUGGCGAGAUAGCAAAUUCCACACCGCUGUAUCAUGACUUGCCAAUGCCAACCAUAGGAGUUUAAUGAUAAAUAGAAUCGACUUCCGAAGACAUAUCGACAUUUAACAUGGAAUAAAGGAGCAUUUAUCCUGCGGAUGUUGACAGUUUUAGGACUAAGGAUAAAAAACUUUUAGGAUUUGUUAAAAACUUUGAUUACUCAUGACGUCAGUACACCUUAUAUGGAAUGUAACGUAUGGAAUGUACACCAGUCUCGGCGGAAAGAGUUGAAUAGGAAAAUCAACGCUGUUCCAUAUUGAAUACUUACUCCCCUCAUUUUAAUAUUUUAUUAUCGGUACGUAGAAUAAAAACUUUGCGUAGUUUAGGGUGAGGCAAUUUGACGAGGUUAACUCUGGGUUCCUUUGCCUUCAGGAUUCUGAGAGUGAGGGCAACAUGGACGCCGAAGGGGGCACUAUACCCAUCAAACCUCACCUGAAUACAACCCAUGAAUGUCGGGACAUAAAUAAUGAUGGUACUUCCGCUGCAAGAUGCGCAUGUGGGGACCUGUCAAAACAUACAGAAACCAGUGCAAUUAAUAAAACGCAAUCCACAGAAUCACUUAACAGUGAACAAGACAUUAAAGUCAAAAAGAAGAAGAAAAGGAAAAAGACCGACAAAUAUGAAGGCAUGACAAAAGAAGAAAAGACAGAAUAUAAAGAGCGUAGAAGAAAGAGACGACAAGAUAAAGAAAUUAAAAAACUUGCUAAAUCUUCCAACAAUGAUUCCAAAAAUCAGCUUGACAUUAGACCGGAGCCUGAGGGUAGUGUGUUUUGUCCGACUACUGAGUUAGACAAAAUAAUUCAUAAUAAUGAUCCACUUUUCUCGGACAUUGAAGAUCUCCCCGAUGAACCAGAGAGACCACAGCGGUCAAGAAGGAGGGGGUUCGUUCCUUGUCUUCAAUUAGGGGUCAACUCAAAUACUAUAAUUAAAUUUACAAUAAUUGGCACAGAAAUCCAAAAUGUCUACGCAAAUUUGAGAAGGGUAAGAACAACAUGAUGUUAUAUAAGACAAUGGGUAUGGGGUUGACGGGGGGGUUGAUAGGAUUCAUUAGGGCCAGGCAUUGCUAAUAAGCUAUUCUUAUAUUUUGAUACCAUCCCUGUCUGACUUCAUAGGCGUAGGCAUAUAUUUAUUUUUAGUUGCAAUAGUUUAGCGUCUAUGGUUUACAGCUGCUUACUUUACUAAUCUGCAGCCAGGUACAGAAAUAUUUUGGAACUUUGAUUACUGUCAGAAAUCUAGGCACUGAACAUCCAGCAUUUAAUAAUUAGACCCACUAUCCAAAACCUAUUUUAUAUAUUCAAUAUUUCCAGGUUUUCAGUAAUAUUUACAGUCAGUAGUUAAAAAAUAAAUAUCAUUUUUGUUUUU